AUGAAGAGAGACGACGGCGCGUCGCGUCCUUUCGGCAUGAUCCCCGACAUUCUACUGGACGAAGACCGUCUCAACAUGCUCCUGGACAUCGUCUGCGCUGACUACAUCACCGCGUGUUACGCCAGCCACGAGAACGGCAAGCGCGUCGUGCUCCAGGCGCUCGAGAAGCUCUUUAUCUCAGUCCACGCGAACGUUCCAAGAACAGGCACCAGCAGUAGCUCAAGUACGUCUAUAACCGCAGUAGGUUUGACGCAUCACGUCGUCCUGCGACCUGCUCAAGACGCACAGUUCCAAGAACGGGCGCGCCGGUUCUAUCAGGACCUCAUGAUGGCUUUUGCUGCCCGUCAACAAGCUACAGAUGCUGGUCUGGAGGCCCCGACGGCUGUUUCUUCUUUAGUGACAUCGUCACUCUCUCGAGGACUCGACGAGAGUGUCGUCCGGGAGGUGAUGAAGCCACGACUGUUGCAGAUUGUCGAGGAAAUGUGUCGCGAACGGGACCGCCAGCUCUUGCUCAAUAGUGAAGUGGCUGCAUUGACGGGAAGUGCUGUUGCUGCUGGUGCGGCAGCUUUGGCUGCGGCAGCAACUGCGGGUGCUCUGGCUGCUGCAGAAGAGACGGGAGGUGUUGGCGAAACGGAGAUGGCUGCAGCAGCAGUAGCAACGUUGCUGCCGCCUACUAGCAGCGAGAUCCGGAUGGAAGGAUGGCUUCGCAAGAAGGGUCAGCACGUGAACUUGUGGCGAGAACGGUACUUCAUGAUCCGCUCGACGCUCCAUGGGACGCACUUUUUGUGCUACUUGCGCAAAAAAGGCGACAAAGAGCCACGAGGAUGGUACGUGCUGGGACCUGGUACGACUGUGGACGAAGUGCGGGAGUCGCCAAGUAAGAUUGAGACCAAGCGGCUUUUCACUUUUCGGAUCCGGCACUUGAACUACGCAACAAAUGACGAAGUGUCGGAAGAGUGCGGAGCAGGUGUCGAGUUGACCCCGAGGACUACGCCAUCUCGUCCUGGAAGUGAGUUCCAGUUGUCGCUGCUGGACCCGACAAUUGGCUCACACGAGGCAGAGUUUGAUGCACGGGCAAGUGUCAGACGUGCCUCGUCACGGAAGCUCCGAAAUCGUGCGGCAGCAGCGGCUGCUGCAGCCACAGCGGCAACUGCUGUGGUGCUGACAGGUGGUCUUGCCGGUGUUGGUAUCGGUAUGAUGGGCAUGAGCAUGAGCGCAGCGGCCGCUGCUAGCGCUGGUGCGGCUGGUGCCAUGAUUGCCCAAAGCCGCAGCAAGGGUCCUAUAGCCCUUGCUGCUGAAUCGUUAGAGACUGCGGUGUGGUGGCGCAACAGCAUUCUCGAGUGUAUUGCACAAGCCGAAGAGCAGUGGAAGCGCUACUUGAACUGGUACAUGGACCACGAGACCGACAUGGACGAAGCUUGUAGCACUUUUUUGCCUGAAUAUAAGCAGCAAGGCUCCACCGCGCCAACGAGCGGUGUCAGGAGGGACAGGUCGAUGUCACUGCAUUCGUACGGAAAGGCUGGGCCGCUGGCACGUUACUCAGAAAGCAGACAGCAGGCGGGGUUACUGGCGCCUCAAAUGGGGACCAGGCAGCGGUCGGGAUCAUUUGGGUCAAUGCCGAGGUCUAUUGCUAAGAGCUUCCGCACAUCUGCUACGUUCUCGCAAGAAACAUCGUGGCAAUUGUACGAAUUCUCCGACAAACUGCGUGUUGAUACCGAACGCUCAAGCCAUCAAAGCAGCCUUCGAACCUCUGCGCCCCCACCAGCGCUCCGUACGAGUCUGAAAGUGAAUGCAUCGCCUCGGAUGGUGUUCGAGAUGCUGAUGAAGCUGAACAGUCCGUUUUAUAGCUCAAAUCAUGUAAUUGAAGACGCGCGUAUUCUGGAGGAGCACACGGGAGACCAUAGCGACGUGGUUUACUGGAAGCUUUUUUCAACGUAUUUGUGGCCAGUUACCGUAAGCGCCCGCGAGUUAUGCUUGUUGCGCUACUGGCGCAUGGAACCAGAUGGCUCAUACUUUAUCUGCUAUCAGUCCACAACGCAUACGGAUUGUCCUCACAGCCCGGGAGCAGUGCGUGCAAACAUCCUGGGCGGCGGUUUCAUCAUAUCACCGCGCGUGCAAGAGGACAGUGACAACCACUUUGACGAGUGUUGGGUGACAUUAGCCAUUCAGAUGAAUCCGAAUGGCUGGAUAGAUUGGAGGCUCGCGCGCUCAUGGUACUACGUUCAUGCUUAUGGUGUGUUUUUUCUGGAAAUGAUCACGGCCAUCACAGCAGCAGAAGGAAUGCAAACUUUGCGGCCAGAGACUGCUGUGUCGGACCGUCAUCGAGAAAAGGAUGGCGGUUCACUAUCUGCACCGAGCCAACAGAUUGUUACUGAGACUAAGUUUUCAAUGCUGGAAAGGUACCGCACUGAUCUCACUGUGCAGCACGGAUUGCCGACCAAAUUUUGGAGUGAGCCGAGCGCUGCAGGCUUUAUGGUGCGUGGGCCGCAAUACUUGACCUCGCGGGCAAAAGUUCCAUCGGCUCGGCAGGUUUUUCGUCUCGUGAAUGUGGAGUUGUUCAAGUCCAACGAGGCCAUUGAGCACGUCGGGGUCUCUUCUUUCGUCAAGGAUGAAUUCGAUCAUCUCGACGCGUCCAAUUCUGCUGUGGAAGAUCGGCCGUUCAUCUUCAUCAUUAAUUUUAUGCUCCCUGGUCCCCCACAUCAUUCUCUUGUGCUGUACUUUGCUGUAGCAGACCCGUUGGAGCUGCAACAGAAUUCGGUGUUCGCCGACUUGUGUCACGACGUUUUACGCGGGCCUGACGACGAAUUACGGACAAAGCGUAUUAAGUUAAUUCCACGCGUGGUACAGGGUACGUGGUCUAUUCGCGAGGGUGUGGGCACGACGCCGGCCAUCUUAGGCACCAAGGUUUAUCAGGAAUACUACCGGGGCAAGGACUACUUGGAGGUAGAUUACGACAUCGGUAGCAGCAUAGUAGCCACGGGUAUCUUGAAUAUGUUGCUGGGCUACUCUCGCGACCUCAUCAUCGACUUGGCGUUCGUGAUCGAGGCGCAAAGCGUCUUGGAGUUACCUGAGCGUGUGUUGGGUACAGUGCGUCUGGACUGUAUUGACUUGAGCCACGCUGUGCCGUUUACGAAGGAAAUGAGCAAGAGCAAAAAGAACUAA